UUUCGAGUUCAACAUUUGUUGAAGUAAAUCGAGAUAUUCACGUGAUUCACGAUUACUUUAAUAAAUUUUGAUUGCUUAAUAGAUUUAGCCCAUUGAUAUAUAGAAAAAUUUAUUAUAAAAUGGGAGCAUCAUUGAUUCCAAUAUUAAUUUUUACAAUAUUUUGGGGAGUAAUAGGAAUCGUUUUACUUUUUGUUCCAAAAGGUACUAAUCGUGGGAUUCUUCAGGUUAUGCUUAUGUUGACAGCUUUUACAUGUUGGUUAUUCUGGUUAUGUUGUUAUAUGGCUCAAAUGAAUCCUUUAAUUGGACCAAAACUACCUCGAAAUACAAUUCUUAUGAUGGCACGAGAAUGGAGCCAUGUUCAGUUUGAUGGAGUAACAGCUGAUCUUCAGUAAUUUGAUAAUACAGAAGAAAUUAAUUAUUUAUUAUUGAUAUAAUGAAUUAUUAUUUUUUUUUUAAACUUUAUAAUUAGUGAAAUCGUAUUAUCAUAGUAAAAGUAAAAAAUUUAGGUAGUUGUUUAUUGAAAAUUUUAGAAAUACAUCAAAUAUUAAUAUUCUGUCUGAUAAAGUAAAGUAAAAUAUAUUUCCUAAUAUAUAUUAAUUAUAUAUUUUCAUUUAAUAAAAAACAUUAUUAAAUAACAAUUUUAAUAUUUAAAAUGUUAUCAUAUUGUCAUCAUUAUGUAACAGCGACAAUAGUGAUUAAUGAUUAAACAAUAGCAA